CGCCCAGCCCCGCCGCCGUCCCUGAGAGCCAGGAGAGCCAGGAGAGGAGCCAGGAGAGCAGCCCCAGCCGCACCUGCACCUACAACUCCGCGCCAUGGCCGACCAGCUGACAGAGGAGCAGCUGGCCGAGUUCCGGGAGGCCUUCUCCCUGUUCGACAAGGACGGGGAUGGCACCAUCACCACCCAGGAGCUGGGCACCGUCAUGCGCGCCCUGGGCCAGAACCCCACGCAGGCCGAGCUGGAAGGCAUGGUGAGCGAGAUCGACCGCGACGGCAACGGCACGGUGGACUUCGCCGAGUUCCUGGGCAUGAUGGCCCGGCGCAUGAAGGACCGGGACAGCGAGGAAGAGAUCCGCGAGGCCUUCCGCGUGUUCGACAAGGACGACGACGGCCUGGUGAGCGCGGCCGAGCUGCGCCACGUGAUGACCAGGCUCGGGGAGAAGCUGAGCGACCAGGAGGUGGACGAGAUGAUCCAGGCGGCGGACGUGGAUGGGGACGGGCAGGUCAACUACGAGGAGUUCGUCCGCAUGCUGGUCUCCAAGUGAGGAGCUGGCAGGUGCAGCAGCCCCGGGCUGUCUCUCCCCGACCCCCUCCGCUCUGCGGGGGACCUGCCUGCCCGCUUCUGGCUGCAGCAAGAGCCUCAGGCCCUGCACCGCUUCCUCUACCCGCCAGCAUCCCAGGCCCUGCUUCUUCCCCGCCCAGGUGAGCUCAGGCCCGCUUUCUGCCUCUCACUUUGUCUCCUGUUUCCUGCCAACCGCCUGCCUCCCACCCUCUUCGCACCCAGAAUGACACAGAGGCCGCUGGCUGGCAAGCCCAGCACAGCCUGAGUGCCCCGGUCCCUCAGGAGCAGAAGGAAAAGUGACAUCUCUCAACAGGACAAGGAGCAGAAGAAUGAGUGAAAGUGGCUCUGACCGGGCCAUCGGUGGGGAGGGUGCGAUGUGACCUCACAGAGUCCUUGGCCCGGUCCCUCAAAGACACUUGGCACUUGGACCGGGACGGUAGCCCUCACACUUCAUCUGCUGCUGGACCCGGGCAAGUGCUAUCACCUGCCCUGGAGCGAGGUGGCCGCAGAGUCUCUGCCCGACAGACACCAGGCUUCCUGGGAAACAGCGCUGGCUGCCACGGAGCGCCUGCCCCUUCCUCUCUGUCUUCACCAAACCCCCGUGAUGGUGACUCAUCUUUGGAAGGUGGGAGUAAAACCAGGUCUGUUGUAACAUGUCUGUAUUCAUCUUCUUGGAGGGAAAUUUUAAUGAAAGGGAGAAGGAAACCAUAGGGGAAAUAAAUAAAGCAUUUGUGUUCCUGUGGU